CCUCUCCCGCCGCGCCUCCGCCUGCCCGCCCCCGCCGGCCGAGGCUGGGCUGCGGGAGGCGGCCGGGCGGCCCCGAGCUUCGCUAGGGCGACCAAAACAAAGGCAGCAUCCGGGGCUGGGUGGAUGCAAACAACCAUGAAAGACUGGGUUCUCGCUCUCCCCGGCUCUGCUGCUGCUGCUGCUGCCGCCGCCGCCGCUGCUCCUCCUCCUGCCGCCGCCGCUAGGGCUCCGCUGUGAGGGGGAAGCAGGGGCGCAGCUGCUGGGCGUGCAUCCGAAAGGUGAGAGCCAGAGAGCGAGCAGAGGGGGCGGGCAGGCCACGAAAAUGUCCUCGGCCGUGGGGCCCCGCGGUCCUCGCCCACCCACGGUGCCUCCCCCCAUGCAAGAGCUGCCCGACCUAAGCCACCUGACCGAAGAGGAGAGGAACAUUAUCAUGGCAGUGAUGGACCGGCAGAAGGAAGAGGAGGAAAAAGAAGAAGCCAUGCUCAAGUGUGUUGUCAGGGACAUGGCGAAGCCUGCUGCCUGCAAAACACCAAGAAAUGCUGAAAACCAGCCCCACCAACCUUCACCGAGAUUGCAUCAACAGUUUGAAAGCUAUAAGGAACAAGUGAGAAAAAUAGGGGAAGAAGCGCGGCGUUACCAGGGCGAGCACAAAGACGAUGCUCCGACUUGUGGAAUCUGUCAUAAAACAAAGUUUGCUGAUGGGUGCGGUCAUCUCUGCUCCUAUUGUCGCACUAAGUUCUGUGCGCGCUGCGGAGGCCGCGUGUCUCUACGGUCAAACAACGAGGACAAAGUGGUUAUGUGGGUAUGCAAUUUAUGUCGAAAGCAACAAGAAAUCUUAACUAAAUCUGGGGCAUGGUUCUUUGGAAGUGGCCCUCAGCAGACAAGUCAGGAUGGAACCCUGAGUGAUACAGCUACAGGUGCUGGCUCUGAGGUACCAAGAGAAAAGAAAGCACGACUCCAAGAGCGAUCGCGGUCUCAGACACCCCUGAGCACAGCAGCUGCCUCCUCCCAGGAUGCUGCUCCUCCCAGCGCACCACCAGACAGGAGCAAAGGGGCUGAGCCCUCGCAGCAAGCCUUGGGGCCUGAACAGAAGCAGGCUUCAUCCAGGUCUAGAAGUGAACCUCCUAGAGAGAGAAAGAAGACCCCAGGGCUUUCCGAGCAGAAUGGCAAAGGAGCCCUGAAGAGCGAGCGGAAACGCGUGCCAAAGACCUCAGCGCAGCCCGUGGAGGGGGCCGUCGAAGAACGGGAGCGCAAAGAAAGGCGGGAAAGCCGAAGGCUUGAGAAAGGGCGAUCACAGGAUUACCCAGACACGCCAGAAAAACGGGAUGAGGGCAAAGCGGCGGAUGAGGAAAAGCAAAGAAAAGAGGAGGACUAUCAGACCAGGUACCGCAGCGACCCGAACCUGGCUCGGUACCCGGUGAAACCGCCGCCUGAGGAGCAGCAGAUGCGCAUGCACGCCCGGGUGUCCCGCGCCAGGCACGAGCGGCGCCACAGCGACGUGGCGCUCCCGCGCACCGAGGCGGGCGCGGCGCUGCCGGAGGGCAAGGCCGGCAAACGCGCGCCGGCGGCAGCCAGGGCCUCGCCGCCGGACUCGCCGCGGGCUUACUCGGCUGAGAGAACUGCGGAGACCAGGGCGCCGGGCGCCAAGCAGCUAACGAACCACAGCCCGCCGGCGCCCAGACAUGGGCCGGUUCCCGCAGAAGCCCCGGAGCUCAAAGCCCAGGAGCCCCUCAGGAAGCAGAGCCGCCUGGACCCCAGCUCGGCGGUCCUCAUGCGGAAGGCCAAGCGCGAGAAGGUGGAGACCAUGCUGCGGAACGACUCUUUGAGCUCAGACCAGUCCGAGUCGGUGCGGCCGUCCCCGCCCAAGCCGCACCGGUCCAAGAGAGGCGGCAAGAAGCGGCAGAUGUCGGUGAGCAGCUCUGAGGAGGAGGGCGUGUCGACGCCCGAGUACACCAGCUGCGAGGACGUGGAGCUGGAGAGCGAGAGCGUCAGCGAGAAAGGUGAUUUGGAUUAUUACUGGUUGGAUCCUGCCACGUGGCACAGCCGGGAGACAUCACCUAUUAGUUCGCAUCCUGUAACGUGGCAACCAUCUAAAGAGGGGGACCGAUUAAUUGGACGUGUUAUUCUUAACAAGAGAACAACCAUGCCCAAAGACUCAGGUGCAUUGCUGGGUCUGAAAGUUGUUGGAGGAAAAAUGACUGACUUAGGACGACUUGGUGCUUUCAUCACCAAAGUAAAGAAGGGUAGCCUAGCAGAUGUAGUUGGACACCUAAGAGCAGGGGAUGAAGUUCUAGAAUGGAAUGGUAAACCCCUGCCGGGAGCUACAAAUGAAGAAGUUUACAACAUUAUUUUAGAAUCAAAAUCAGAACCUCAAGUUGAAAUUAUUGUUUCAAGGCCUAUUGGUGACAUUCCCCGGAUUCCUGAGAGCUCCCACCCUCCACUGGAGUCCAGUUCAAGUUCCUUUGAAUCUCAGAAGAUGGAAAGGCCUUCCAUUUCUGUUAUUUCUCCAACAAGUCCUGGAGCUCUAAAAGAUGCCCCACAAGUCUUACCAGGGCAACUUUCUGUGAAGUUGUGGUAUGAUAAAGUGGGACACCAGCUGAUUGUAAAUGUUCUGCAAGCAACAGAUCUACCUGCUAGAGUAGAUGGACGUCCUCGAAAUCCCUAUGUAAAAAUGUAUUUUCUUCCAGAUAGAAGUGAUAAAAGUAAAAGGAGGACCAAAACAGUAAAGAAAAUACUAGAACCAAAAUGGAACCAAACUUUUGUCUAUUCACAUGUACAUCGUAGAGAUUUUAGAGAACGAAUGUUAGAAAUAACUGUGUGGGACCAACCAAGAGUGCAAGAAGAAGAAAGUGAAUUUCUUGGAGAGAUCCUCAUAGAAUUGGAGACAGCGCUUUUAGAUGAUGAACCGCAUUGGUAUAAACUUCAGACACAUGAUGAGUCUUCACUACCUCUGCCUCAGCCAUCACCUUUCAUGCCAAGGCGACAUAUUCAUGGAGAAAGCUCUAGCAAAAAGCUACAAAGAUCUCAGCGAAUCAGUGAUAGUGACAUCUCAGAUUAUGAGGUUGAUGAUGGUAUUGGCGUAGUUCCUCCAGUAGGCUAUAGGUCUAGUGCUAGAGAAAGUAAAUCUACAACAUUAACUGUGCCAGAACAGCAAAGAACAACUCAUCACCGCUCACGUUCAGUAUCUCCUCAUCGCGGCAAUGAUCAGGGAAAGCCGCGUUCACGUUUACCAAAUGUGCCAUUACAGAGGAGUUUAGAUGAAAUUCAUCCAACAAGAAGGUCACGUUCUCCAACCAGACACCAUGAUGCCUCCCGAAGUCCAGUUGAUCAUAGAACCAGAGAUGUGGAUAGUCAGUAUUUAUCAGAACAAGACAGUGAGCUUCUUAUGCUGCCCAGAGCAAAACGAGGACGAAGUGCAGAAUGCCUACAUACUACCAGUGAACUGCAGCCCUUUCUUGACAGGGCUAGGAGUGCUAGUACCAACUGCUUGAGACCAGAUACUAGUUUGCAUUCACCAGAACGAGAAAGGGGUAGAUGGUCCCCCUCCCUAGAUAGGAGACGACCUCCUAGUCCCAGGAUUCAAAUCCAGCAUGCGUCUCCGGAGAAUGACAGGCACUCCAGAAAGUCUGAAAGAUCUAGCAUCCAAAAACAGACUAGGAAAGGCACUGCCUCUGAUGCAGAAAGGGUUCUCCCAACAUGUCUUUCUAGAAGGGGACACGCAGCCCCAAGAGCAACUGAUCAGCCAGUCAUUAGGGGAAAACAUCCUGCUCGCUCAAGGUCGAGUGAGCACUCUAGUAUCAGAACACUGUGUUCUAUGCACCACCUUGUCCCUGGAGGGUCGGCGCCACCUUCUCCGCUUCUGACAAGAAUGCACCGUCAGAGAAGUCCAACACAAUCUCCUCCAGCAGACACAUCGUUCAGCAGUCGCAGGGGAAGACAGCUCCCACAAGUGCCAGUGAGAAGCGGCAGUAUAGAACAAGAACAAGAAAAAUAUAACUCUUCCACAAAAGGAAUAAGGACACAAGUUCAAAGAGAUUAUGACAUUUGCCCAAACUGCUUGUCAGUAGUAGACUACAAACCCAGAUCUUUUUACUUUCGACCUUUUCCUCUACAUGUUGGUGUAUCCUAUUUUACAAGCUUAGUAGUGGAGGAGCGAACAAGACAGAUGAAAAUGAAAGUGCAUCGAUUUAAGCAGACAACAGGGUCUGGUUCUAGUCAAGAACUUGAUCGCGAGCAAUAUUCCAAGUAUAACAUACAUAAAGAUCAGUACAGAAGCUGUGAUAACGUCUCUGCCAAAUCAUCAGAUAGUGAUGUCAGUGAUGUUUCCGCCAUUUCCCGAACCAGCAGUGCCUCACGCCUCAGCAGCACAAGCUUUAUGUCAGAGCAAUCUGAGCGCCCCAGGGGUAGAAUCAGUUCAUUUACCCCCAAAAUGCAAGGCAGACGGAUGGGGACUUCAGGAAGAUCCAUCAUGAAGAGCACCAGUGUCAGUGGAGAGAUGUACACACUGGAGCAUAAUGACGGCAGCCAGUCAGACACAGCUGUGGGUACAGUUGGAGCAGGUGGAAAGAAACGGAGAUCCAGCCUUAGUGCCAAAGUGGUUGCCAUAGUGUCUCGAAGGAGUAGAAGCACAUCCCAGCUUAGUCAAACAGAGUCUGGCCACAAAAAGUUAAAAAGUACCAUCCAGAGAAGCACAGAAACAGGCAUGGCAGCUGAAAUGAGAAAGAUGGUAAGGCAGCCGAGCCGAGAGUCUACUGACGGCAGCAUCAACAGUUACAGCUCUGAGGGCAAUUUAAUAUUUCCUGGAGUGCGACUGGGAGCUGACAGUCAAUUCAGUGAUUUUCUUGAUGGAUUGGGACCAGCCCAGCUUGUUGGCCGCCAAACCCUUGCCACCCCUGCAAUGGGUGAUAUACAAAUUGGAAUGGAGGACAAAAAGGGCCAAUUAGAAGUGGAAGUCAUUAGAGCACGAAGCCUCACACAAAAGCCUGGUUCCAAAUCUACACCUGCUCCAUAUGUCAAAGUAUAUCUUUUGGAAAAUGGGGCCUGUAUAGCCAAGAAGAAGACAAGAAUUGCACGAAAAACCCUUGAUCCUUUGUAUCAGCAGUCUCUGGUUUUUGAUGAAAGUCCACAGGGUAAAGUUCUUCAGGUGAUUGUCUGGGGAGACUAUGGCAGAAUGGACCACAAAUGCUUUAUGGGUGUGGCUCAGAUCUUGUUGGAAGAACUCGACCUGUCCAGCAUGGUGAUCGGAUGGUACAAAUUGUUCCCACCGUCCUCACUGGUGGAUCCCACACUCACUCCCCUCACCCGGCGGGCUUCCCAGUCAUCUCUGGAAAGUUCAACUGGGCCUCCCUGUAUUCGAUCAUAGUGAACUCAUACCAGAGUCAUUCCAAUAAAACUCUACUUUUCAGGAUAAUAAUCUGAACCACAUAUUUCAUGAUCGAAAGCAUUGUUGGAGACAGACAAUCAACUUGUGUUUUGCCUGUAGUAGUUUUUCAAUAAUAUGUCCCAAUUGUUAUUUAAAACAUGGCUUCAUAUGACAGAACAAGGCAAUCUAUCAAAUUUACAGGAAGAAUCAACAUGCUGGUGAGAGUCACUGAUGCUUCUAACAAAUAGAAAAAGAGGAAACUUUAAAUCCACGCAUACACGUACACACACACAUGCACACACACACACACCAUAUUGAACAAACUGGAAACUCUCACUCUGUGAAAAGUUGUAUUCUACACGUUUCUGCACAGACCACAAGCAGUGUUAUUUCCCUGAUGUUUGAGUUGUUUUGUUCUUUUGUGUGUUUUGUUUAUUUGUGUGUUGUUUGUUGGUUUUCGUUUCUUUUUUGUUUUGUUUUCACCACAUCUGUUAUUUCCACUAGUUUUUUUUGGCUGUGUCAUGACAGGCCUCAUGAUGCUAACAGAGAUUCUUCCCUUCUUUUUUCCAAAAGUACCAAAAAAAAGGGCUGAAGUAGUCUCUGUAGCAUCUCCCCAAAGUGUUAAACAGCUACAUAAGGUGAAGCCAAGGAAGGGUUUCACUAGCUUUCAUUUUAUAAUUAUUUAAAGUCUUAUGUGUGGAUACCCAAGAGACAAAAAGUUAUCUUCCAAAAUAAAUAAUCACAGAAGUACUUUUUUAAUGAAGAGCCUAUCUGUUUGCAUUCUAGAAAAUUAAUUUAUGGUUUCCAUUGUUUUGCAUGGAAGACUUUUAAAGAAGUCAAUCUGCAACUAAUGCUGGGGACUAAAACUAACUGCAUAAUUGUACUUUGAAAACACUCCUUGUAAUGCCUUUUUCUUCCUGAUAUUAAAAAAAUGCUCAUGUGUAUAAACCAUACUUUGACUUCCCAAAAAUGGUGACUAGGAAUGGAUUUGAGCCUAAGACACUUUGAGCUACGCCCAGGCUUCUCAGCCAUGCCUCAGUGUAGACACACCCAUCUGCCCUGGAAAGAGCAUGGUAUGAGCUGUUCAAUAUUCCACUGGAAAUUCCAGUUGAAAUAUUCUGCACUAAACUAUUGUUUUUAUUGAAUUUUAGUUUACAUUUCUUUGAGAUUGAUGCAAGCACAAAGCUUGAUUUUUUAAUGCAAAGUAUCUUACUUUUUGGGGGGAAAAUAAACAAAAUGAACUUUCAAUUUGCAUUUUCAUUUAGUUUCUCUUGGCCUUGAAUUUCCCUUGUGACAUUCUGUACAUGUGCUACAAACUGCAGUCUCUGCAGGUGCAUUGAUAUGUUCUCCCUCCUUUUAUGAGUCCCUCCACUUUUGUGAUUACACAAAUAGAGCAGCAUGACUUGGAACUGUUCAGAGCUGCAUGCACAUUUUGUAAAAAAAAAAAUUUUAAAAAGAAAAGAAACAAAAGGUUAUUUAAUAAUGUAUGUUAGUUCCACAUAGGCCAGCUUGUAUGUUGCAUGUACUUGUACAGUUUGCUUGUUAAUUACUAUACCGAAAUAACCAAGAAAUCUAAGCCAUCCAUUUUUGUUAUAGACAUUUUGCAGGUUUUAGCCAGACUCAGUCUCUGGGUCUGUGGUGAAAUGUCUAUAGAUGGACUUUAUUUUUUACCCUCCGGAAAACGUGAUGUAGUACGGACCAAAUUCCUUCUAAUACAUAUUUUGGUGUAGAUUCCUACUGUGGGGCUGUAACACAUGUAGACACUGUGUACACACUAGGUUUUAAUUCAUAGACAUACUGCCUGCACCAAGUGAAUUAUUUAUUAUUAUUUACACAUGCCAGAAUUAUCUGCCCAUCAUUCCACAGGGCACAGAUUGACCACUGCUCACCAUGCUGAGCAGGAGGAACUGAAGCAUUGGUGCACUUCUAUUAGAUUCCGUUCUGUCUUAGUGGCCAAGAAUCAACUGAUUAUAAUUGGGUAGUAUCUUUCUAUUUUGACCACUUGUCUUAACACUCCCCUGUGCUUUUAAAUGAAAUUCCAAUUCAUGUAUGUAAACAUGUUUAAUAAAAUUUACUUUUCAUGUCA